GGAAGUACUGCAUAUUGUUGACUGCGCAGGUCUGCAAGUGCAGCCCACACAGGAAGUUCUCCGUCAUUGUUUCAGUAAAGUAAACGCCUCUCUUGUGAAAUGUUUUGGCCGUGCCAAGGAAGACCUGACAUUGCGAAGCAGCUCAUGAUGUGAGACGACCGGUUUUGGUGGUAAGUUUGUGGCGUCGUAACUAUUGCAUAGGAGGCUUACAAAUCAUGUCCAAUUAAUGUGUUGGUUGAACCAAAGGUAUGUAUUUACUAUUCUAAUUGACAAUCUAAAUUCAUUUCAAUGUUUACCAGAGAAAAAAAAAUUACUGUUUACUAUGUUUUGCAAAGGCACAACUCUGUUAUUGAUGCUGCUGGGUUGUUAUGAAUAGAUAUAAACUUGAUAUGCUAACUUGUUGCAUGACUGACUGUCUCAGGCUUUGAGAGAAAAGAAGAAAUGUCUGCAAGUGCAAACAAAAAAAGGCUUGGUUCACGUCGCCGGGCAGCGGAACAAAAUGAAAUGUCAAAGACGGAUGACUUGCAUAGCACGGCCAGUACCUUUGCAGCGCAGCCUCACAUGCAAGAAGAACAUACUGCCGCAAUAAAUGUAUUGGAUCAUUUUGAAAAUUCACAUUCUGAAACUCAACAUCCACUUUCACCUAAACUCUUGGGGAUCCGGAGGAAAUUGGGCUCUCGUCGAAGAAAUAAAGAAGAGCGUGUGAGGGACUCAGUGACUGAAUCAGACCAGGAACCCAGAGAGGAAGUUGAGCACAUGGCCUGGGGACACCCACUGCAACCUGAGAUGCAGCCAGAUGCUUCACCCGAUUACUCUUCUGAAGUUCAGGAUGCAGCUACAACAAACUGUUCAGAGGCUGACGGGGAGAGUUUCAGUUCCAAAAGAGAAAAUCUGCCAAUAGACCCUGAGGUGAUUUCUGAGUCUUGUACAUUAGUGAACACCGUGCAGGAAGGAAUUGACAAAUCUGACCUUUACAGUGAGGAAGUCAAAGAAAUUGCACAUAUUGUCGGCAUCUCGGAGUUAACUAGUUUAAGUGGUAUUUUCUGUCCAAUAGUUGAUCAGCAACUGAUUGACAGAUCAAAUUGCACGGAAAUGCCAGAAGGUAAACUUCCCAAUGUGUGUUCUGUCACAGAAAAUGAAGGCAAGGAAAGAGAUGACAACACAGAAUUGUUCUUUUCUACCACACCGGAGAGGACCACGCAACAUACUGAACUGGAGUGCAGUGUUUGGAAAGAAACAAUUUCAUCACCAAAAGAUGAGUUGCCUGCAAAAGUCAAACAAAAUGAACAUUUGAAUGUAUCUGAAGUUGUCGAUGCUCAUUCAGAAGAUGCUGUAAACAAAGUGCAUGACAAUGAGAUUAAGCUCAUGGAUAUGCAAGACAUGUCUUACUCAUCUGAAAGUAGGAUGCAUGACGCCACAGACAAUUCUGAAAUAUCUGGAAACCCGAUGAACCAAACUGGAGUCUGUGAAACAAACCAAUCUGAGUUGAUUGUGAAGAGUAUUCAUGAUUCUCCCACAAAUCAGGAAGUUUCAAUUCCUGAUCGCCUACAGGAGGAAAAUGUCGAGGCUUUAGAGUGGAACAAUGAAGAUUAUCGUGGUUAUGAUACCAACGAGGAUUUUCAUUCAGAGGUUGCUAUAAACAAACUGCAUGAACAGGAUGUUGAGCCAAAAGAAAAUCAAGAAAUGCCUCAACUUGAUUACUCACUGGAAAAUGUGAUUCAGAAUCCCACAGAAAGUUCUGUAAUAAUUUCUGGAAACCUGAUGAACCAAACUGAAGUCAGUGACACAUACCAAUAUACGUUGACGGUGACAAAUCCUGAUGAUUUCCCCACCAAUUGGGACCAUUCAAAUCCUGACAACAUACAGGAUGAACAUCCGACAGAAGGAAACCACGUUGAGGCCUCAGAGCAGAAAAACAAGGAUGUUCAUGUUUAUGAAAGCAAGGAACCACAAAUCAGUGACAUGGAGAGAGUUGACACUGCAUUGAGUCAGGUAUUUGAGAUGGAAGGCAGAGUAGAGGAUGAUACAAAACCCAGUGCUAAACAAACAUGUCAGCAGGGACAGGAAGGACUCCUCUCUGGAAUAGAGGAGAGUGCAUCUUCUUCACAAACCCUGCAGUCAGAGAUAAAUGUUCCUUUUGACUCCCAACCUCAGCAAAACGACACCAGCUUCAACUCUAUUGGGAACAGAAGGAAACUGGGGUCUAGUCGUAGGAAUAAGAGAAGACAGCAUGUCGAAGACUCUGUUGCUGAAUCAGACCAUGAACCUACAGAGGAUGUUGUUGGAAAUAUCAGUGAUAAUGAAACUCUUGAAACAACAGAAAUGACUAUAACAGCAGAGACAGCAGCGCAGGAAAAAUCCAUAGAAACCUUGCAGCAAGGAACGGACACAUUUGACACUGCUCAGACUGAAGAUGUUAGUGGUCAAAUUAAAGAAAAUACACAAGAUGGCUCACUUGUUGGCAUCGACAAUCUCAAUAGUUCGGGUUUACAGUCAAGUUCAACACUUGAUCAACAGACAAUCGAACAAUUCAUUUUCAGGGAGAUGCCAGAUGAAGCAGUUCCCAACGAGUUUUCUGUGACAGAAAAAGAAAAUGAGGAAAGAAACAAGGACACAGACAGGUUCAGGCAAGAUGGAAAGUUAAAAGGCAAAAAUGUGGUGAUUGAGUCACACGUGAAAUCAGAAGAUUUAGAGUCUUCUAUCACACUGGAGAGAGGGACAGAAAAAAGCAGUCCUGAAGAACCUAAUGAAAUUAAAAGCAGUGUUGAGCAGGCAGAAUUGUCAUCAUCAGAAGAGAAAUUGAGGAACAUAAAUAAGGAACAAAAGGAGCAAGUCAACUUAUCUCAAAUUAGAGGAACUUGGCAUUCACAGGAUGUUGUAAAUAAAGUACACGAAGAGGAGAUCAAGCCAACGGAUAUGGAAGAAAUGCAUCAAAUGGAUAACUUAUCAAUUGACAGUGAAUCGAAUUUACAAAAAUUGCAAUCAGAAAGUAAUGCUCCUUUGGACUCACAACCUCUCGAACAUUUUCAGAAUAUCAAAGAGCAAACUUACAAAGGCUUCAAGCCAACAGGGAACAGAACACAAUUAGGGUCAAGCCAAAGAAAUGGACAACUACAUGUCACGGACGCAACAAAAAUGUCAUUAGUAAUUGAGACAAUGAGGCAGGAAGAAAUUAAAGAGUGUACCGACCUAAACUCCAAAAGUGCUGGUGAAAUGAGAACAAAUAGAUUAACUGUAAAUGACAAAGAAAACACAGAAAAGAUGUCGGAGGAAGACACAAUGUUGUCACAGAAUGUGUGCAACAAAACAAAUGUGACAACAGAUAUUACUUCAAGCUCGGGCGAAGAUGGGUCCAAUAAGGAAGUCACUGAGGAGGAAAAUCUCAUCAUAAAAGAGACUGAGGAUGUAGGUCAGCUGGCAGGAUGUGACACAGUUCAAAUGGACUUGAUUCAAUCCCAAGAAGUCUCAUUUUUGAAAAAUAAGUCAGACAUACAGAGUAGUUCAUAUCACUACGAUGUCACCGCCAAGUCACACACUUCAGAUGAAGCCUUUCAUGUCCAAAACACAGAAGCUUCACACUUUGACAAAGAAACUAUUACGCAACAGACAAAUGAAACAUCAGGAACUGUUGGAAAUGUCACAAUUAAAGACUUUAAAACAGGAGCCGAGAGUACAAUGUAUGUACGGGCUUAUGAACAGGAUGAAGACGGAGCGCAAUUAGAAGAUCCGACAAAGAAAGAAAACGAAGCUCAAGAGAUUCCUGUUUCAAAGGAAAGGUUUUCUGCUCCGCACAACACAACUGACACUUCGGCUACAUUUGACAUUAGCUUCAAGGAUGAAAACCUCCGAGCAGAGCCAGCUGUGGAUGUGUCGGAGGAAAGUGGCAUUUCCAGCCAGCAAGAGAUACAAGAAAAAAGUAAUUUAGAUGACAGUGAAAAUGUGCACAUAAGAUCCAAACAGAAGAGGAGAAAGAUGGGCUCGACUCGCCGUUCUCAACUCAACAGUAAACCAGAGGAGAAGAGAGUCGAGACAGAACAAAGUGACAGAGAAGCUGUCAAGAUGGGAGUAGUGGAGGAGUUAACGAUGAUUGCAACUGCAGAGGUAUCGCAGAAUGAAAAUGCAAAACCGUCACUGAGUCUUGUGUAUAAAGAACAAAUGGAAUCCACUGAAACCAGCACUGUGGACGGCAUGGGGGAAAAGCUACAAAGCUCUGACCUGCAGAGCAACAUGAUGUCGGACAUAGAUCAUUCAAAGGCUCUCCCUCCUGAGCAAUCUGGCUCCCACAAUGAAGACAUUGCUGAUCCCGUUAAGUUGGUUCAUGCAGCGGAUGUGAGUGACAGGGAGAGAAAUGUAGAUGUUAGUGUGGAGCCAUCACAGAUAGAUGAGAGGCAUAUCACCUCUGCAUUCGCUGGAAGAAACCCAAUAAAUCAAUUGAUGUCUGCAAAUACGAAAGUUACAACAGACACUAGUAUCUCAGGGGAGGGCUUUGUGUCUUUCUGUGAGACCACACAGAGUACCCAACAUGACGAGGAAAGGCCAGAGAAUGUAAACGUAUUACUGGACCAAGAUUUGAAAUCCACAGAAGCUCUUGUUUUGGUAGAUUUAGAAGAAGUUCAAUCUGUAGUGAAAGGAGGAGCUGGAGAAGAGCAUAUAACUGCCGGGGAGAGUAUACAAGAGCCGGACAUCGCAAAUGAAGGAGCUCACGAUAAAAAUCUAGAGAUGAAAAAUGCAAGUUCAUAUUUAGAUACAAGCAGCAGGAGAAGAAAGAUGGGCUCCACCCGCAGGAAUCUCAGAACAGGAUCCAAACAAGAAGACUUGCAUCAAAAGCAGGAUGUGAAUCAUGAAGCAACAGAGACGGCAACUGAUGUUGGAGAUGUAGGAACUGAAAGUUUCUCAAACAUCGUAAAUGAUGAGCUACAACUUGAUGGAAAACACAAAGACAUUGGCUCUGAAACAAUAGAGUACAGCCACACAGGUGAGUCUCACAAACUUCUGGCCCACCAAACAUCUGAAGAAAAUCCUGUUUCUCAAGGUCAAAUAUUAGAACCCGAGCAUCAAUUGACUCCCAGUUAUCUUCCUUCAACGCCAUCCACUUCUCCCAAACACGAUUUAAUAUCAGAAUCAGCAUCUGGUGGAAGAAGAAGGAAGAUGGGAUCUCACCGGAAGUCGCAUGGACACCAAGACAAUGACAACCAAACUGCAAGAAGGGACAGAAUAACAGACACACAACAUGAGAGAGAUGUCAGAAGUAUCGGAGAAGAAAGUGCCAUCAAGACCGAGGAGCUGAGAGAAGAAUGUUUGGGCCUGCUCAAAAUAUCAAAGGUUGAUGAAAGUCUCAACAAGCCAUUCUCCAACCUCAGCACCUCAAAGGAAGGAGAGCACUCAAGGCCCGUGAGUGAGAGGACACCUGAACCAGUGACUCCACUUCGACACCAUUAUGCUGAGAGUCAACAGAAGUUGUCUCUGGCAAGUAGAGCAGAUCUGAGAUCAAACGCUUACAAUGUGAUGAUGGUUGGAGACAGCAGUGUGGGCAAAACCUCCUUCAUGAGAAGAGCUCAAAGUGGGAAGUUCUCUUUAGAUAUACCCCCCUCUAUUGGACUUGAUUCCUGCAUGUGGACCGUGAUAGUGGAAGGAAAACCGGUGGUGCUGCAGUUGUGGGAUACAGCGGGUCAAGAAAGGUUUCACAGCAUCACGAGACAGACUUUCCACAAAGCCCACGCAUUUCUCUUGAUGUAUGACGUCACUUCCUCACAGAGUUUUUCUGCAGUCAGCUACUGGGCGAGCUGUAUUCAGGAAGGGGCUGCAGAAAGUGUGACCAUUCUACUGGUCGGCAAUAAGAGUGAUCGAGCAGAGCGGCAGGUUCAAACUCAGGAGGCAGAAAUUCUCGCGAAGGAAUACAACUUUGAAUUCAUGGAGUGCAGUGCUGCCACCGGGGAAAAUGUAGUUCAGUCUUUGGAAACUGUGGCCAGGAUGUUGAGUCAAAAAGUUGACACGAGAGAUGAUACCAUGGUGUUACACAAAGAGCCUCAACCAAAAACAUCAAGAUGUUGCUGAACAAGAUGAAAACGUACUGAAGUGGAAAAAUCCUGCAGACAGUGAACAUCCUGCAGUCGCUGGACUGGCAUUUCAGAGUUAGUAUGGACAUCACAACUAAAACUGGAACUCCAACAAUCUUGUACUCAGCUGUAAUACACAUGGUGUUAAUGUAUGUAAGUUUAAUUUCUUUUUCACAAUUAUUGAUAGCUGUUUUGUUAUUUCUACCAAGCAUUACAAGUACAUUAUUGAUUUAGAUUUUUCAGAUGGGGUACCGGGGUACUAUGGGUACUGCAGGGGUAACAAAACAUUUUUAAAAAAUGUUAAUUACAAAUAUAUAUAUUUGUUAAUUACAAAUAUAUAUAUUCCUAAAAUAAUUAUACUUUAAUUAAAUAAUGUAAAUUUAAGUUUAAUAAACCAACUUUUAUAUUCAAUAUAAAAAUGUAAACUGCUGUAAACCUUCCACUGCCGAAACGAUCGCUUUGUUCCACCCAACAUGUUUUUCACUGGUCGGGAGGUACUUGGAUAAAAAUAUAUUUCAAUGAGCAUACAUUUUUUAAGUUAUGGAAUCACUUCUUCAUAGGAGAAUAUAAGAGUAAAAUAUUACUGUAGUGCCAUAACAUAUAUUACAUGUAGCAUUUAUAGAUGAGCUUGAUAUGUUUUGAUGUGUGUACUAUACUGCACAGCUGGUGCAGGCUGUCUUUAGAGGCUGGUCAACGAACAGUUCUUCAGUGAUCCAGUAAAUCGGUAUUACCUAAUGAAUAAUGGUAUUUUGAAAAAUAUUUUUGCACUGUGUUUUAUCUCAUUGGACUGAUUUCCCUUCUAACUGGUGCAAUUUGAAAUGUUUGCUUUGAGUCAAUAUCUGCAGUCAUCUUGUUCAGACUGAGUUAGUUGUAUUUAAAGAUGCAUUAACUAAUCACACUGAGAGACUUCACUUUUACCACUUAAACACUUUCUGUUCAGAAGUCUCUCAGGUCGGUAUGUUUCAAAAGAGGAUCCUCGAUAUUAUGCGGUUAUUGAGUAUUUCUUUUCUUUCUGGAAGUUCUAGUUACAAAUUGAAAAUUAAAAAACUUAUCACAUUGAGUACUUUUUAUAAUAAUUCAUUAUAUAUAAAUAUAACAUAAUUAAUAAUGACAUAAAGUUUAUUUUGAUUUUGUAUGUUUGCCAUUUGUUCUAAAUGAAUGGUGUUGGCAGCAUGGUAGUUGUCACACAGCUUCCAGAUAAUCAUAAAUGCAUUUAGAAUUAAAGGAAAAUGGUAGUAAAUUAACUGUCAUGCUUAAAAUAUACAUGCACAUUAAGUUGUAUUACGUUUGUGUAUUAUCCUAUGACUAAAUGGCUUAUAUCAAAUGGUUCUCAUGUCAUGCUUAAUAAACCUCCAGAAUGAUGA